UUUUAGUAUAAAUGAAACUGCACAUAUUUACGUUCACGGCUCCUGAGAGUACAAUUGCCGCGGGAACACCACCUUCAUUUCGCUUUUCCCUCUCUCUCUCUCUUCAUUGUCAAACUCCGCCUCAGUGGGAGAUACUGCUAUUAAUGAUCCACCUAAACCACACGCAAUCGUGAUAACACUAUUUUGUUUAUUUAAUUCUUUCUGUUUGGUAUAACACCACCUAACGAUAGCAUCUCACCUCUUCUCUUUAAUUUUUACCCUUUUCGUCUGCGAUGCUUUAGCUUAAUCUUUUCCGCUCUCUGUGAUUACGCGAUUGAAGGUUGGAAUUUCAGUAGCCAUAAAGAAAAAUGGGCCUUUCUGAUUGUUUUGGUGCAUUUGAUUCCUGCAGAGAUGACACACCAACAGAAGAACAAGAAAUCCCUACAAACAACGUGAGGCUAUUCUCGUAUCAUACUCUGCGUUCAGCGACGAGGCUGUUUCACCCUUCCAACAGAAUCGGCAGAGGUGGUUUCGGAGUAGUCUAUAAAGGUGUUUUGAGAGAUGGAACUCAAGUUGCAAUCAAGGCACUCUCUGCUGGAUCCAAGCAGGGGAUAAAGGAGUUCUUGACAGAACUCGGCACGAUAUCGAAGAUCCAACACCCUAACCUCGUACAGCUGAUCGGCUGCUGCGUCGAGGGCGACCACAGAAUACUCGUCUACGAGUACAUGGAGAACAACAGCCUCCACAGCGCCUUGCUAGGCUCUUCCAGUAAACGGGUCGGGCUGGACUGGUCAAGGAGGGCUGCAAUAUGUUUGGGCACGGCUGAGGGGCUCGCGUUCCUCCACGAGGAUGCGGAGCCGGGCAUAGUUCACCGCGAUAUAAAGGCCAGCAAUGUGCUUCUUGACGAGGAUUUUUGCCCUAAAAUCGGAGAUUUUGGGCUGGCCAAGCUGUUUCCUGAUAAUGUCACCCACGUUAGCACUCGAGUAGCAGGGACAGUGGGAUAUCUCGCCCCAGAAUAUGCGUUGCUGGGGCAGCUCACGAAGAAGGCAGACGUGUAUAGCUUUGGGGUGCUCGUGCUCGAGAUUGCAAGUGGAAGGAGUAGUAGUAAGGCUGCUUUCGGAGAGGAAUUCUACGUGCUACUCGAAUGGACUUGGAAGCUGUUCCAAGAAGGCAGGCUCCUAGACGUCGUUGAUCCGGAUUUGGCCGACUAUGCAGAGGAUCAAAUAACGCGUUUCAUGAAAGUCGCGUUGUUCUGCACCCAGGCAGCUUCUCAGCAGAGACCAGACAUGAAACAAGUGGUGAAGAUGCUGUCCACGGACGUAGUGCUCAACGAGAAGCUACUAACGGAGCCCGGGCUGUUUAGGCCUCAUGGCUCGGGUAAAUCAGAAGGCGAUAGCUUUGCUAUCUCAUCUCACUCGGAUAAAGGCAAGGAGUCGGUUUCUCAGUUUAAGAGCUCAGCUCAUUUAGAUGAUAAUACUACACACGUGAUCCCUAGAUGACUCUAUAGUUUUAUGAAUUCACAUUAAUUCUAGUAUUAGUAUAUAUAUAUAUAUAUAUAUAUAUAGAUAGAGAAAUGAUCAAGUGAGAAUGCUAUCUUUCGUGAGAAUGAGAAUUGAUAUGAAUAAGUCAGUAUAUAUAGUUGAAUAAGUUGCUUAUAGUGCACAAAUAAUUAUUCAAACACUAUUCAUACAUUACAAGCAGCUUAAUUAUUCAACACUAUAUAUAUAUUGACGUAUUCGUUAUUCUCAUUUCUCAGGAAAAUACCUAUUCUCAUUAUAUAUCAUCUUUAUCUAAUGAUACUCAUUCUUUUA